AACGAGGCUGAUAUUGUGAGCGACCGCAGACUCAGAGAAGAGUGCAGCGGGCCGUUUGUGGCGUCUACGAAGGAGAACGGGUGCAUCAUUUUCUUUGCUGGGUUGGAGGACUCCACGCUUGUCGUGUGCUCCAAAAACAUGACGGGAGAUCUCGACACGGAAACGUACAAAUCCCAGGGCAAGCAUUACAAAAAGGGAAUCGAGGCUAUCCACAAGCAAUUGGCUGCCAUUGGCAAGACGCCGGAGGAGCUCGCCCGAGUGUUAUACGAGCAGAAGGUCACUGCGGUGGCCGAAUUAUGCGACGACGAAUUCGAAGAGCACAUUUUAGAAUACCCGCACAAGAUUGCAGGGCUCUACCUCCACGGACUCAACCACAACGAGAUCAACUUCUCCACUGCGGCCAUGGACCGUGUGUCCGAGUUUGGCAAGACGUGGGGUUUCAGAGAGGUGGAGUACACGUCCUAUGCCACGUACGAUGAGCUCAUGGACUUUAUCAAGAGCGUGGAUCAAGUGGGCACUUAUAACGGCCGUGAGUUGGAGGGCUUUGUAGUCAGAUGCAAACGGAAGAUGGCAGACCUGUCUACGUGGGACGACUACUUCUUCAAGUACAAGUAUGAUCAACCCUACGCAUUGUACCGGCAAUUGCGUGAGGCAACUCUCAAAUUCUACCCGAAAGACUACACCAGGCCGCUCGCCGACAUCAGGUCCAUGUACCCGAAAUUCCGGAAGAUCACUUUUGCAUACUUGCAGUUUGCGGGCGAGUAUUUCCAGAAGUAUCCCGAACGAAGAGAGGAGUUCGAAGCCAAUAUCGGGGUCAUCAAGCUCCGCAAGUUGUUUGUGGAAGACCUUUUGGCAGACCAACCCACAGGGAUCAAACCACACCAAAUGGAGGCCAACGAGAAGAUCGCGGCCAAAUUUGACCGCUUGAUCUCCACCACAGAAACCGUUUACUGCGUGGUGACCAUGGCCGCGCCCGGGUGUGGAAAGACAACGACUUGUAUGACCUUGGCCAACAUGUGCGCCGACUGGGAGCACGUGCAAAACGACGAUUUCACCUCGGGCCAGAACGUGACCGACAAGGUCUUGGAGCUCUUGGGCUCGAAGAAAUUGGUGUUUUUCGACCGGAUGAACUACCGAGAAAACUACCGCAAGGAGUUCUUCACCAAGAUCUUCCUGAAGCAGGACGGGUACAUCAUGCCUAACGUGGGGAUCAAGUUUAUCGGCGUGAACUUCUUGAACUACGAGUCGCCGCAAAGCAAGUACAAGCUUCUUGAAGAACGCGUCUUUGCGAGAGGCGACAACCAUCAGUCCAUAGCAGCAAAAUCCUCCCCUACCGCUGCUCGUUCGGUGUUGCUAGACACGCUCAAGAAAUAUCAGCCGCCUAAAUUAAAGGAAGACGAGGAAGACUUGGCUUUGCUUCCCCGCGUCGUGGAGGGCCUGCGUCUAGACAGAUCAGACAGCGAGCUUUCCCUUUUGAUCAAUUUGGAUGUCGAGGGAGAAGACUCGUCGUUGAAGAAUGCCCGGAUCAUCUACGACGAACUCACACGGGCUUACCCUGAUCUCAGAGUCAAAGACUUCUCCGAGGACGAGUGGCAGAGUGCUUUCGCAGCAGCCAAGAGUUACCAGCCCAAAACAAGAAAACGUGUGAGUGCGCCCUCGAGAACCGCAAUCUACUAUGGAAUAGAUGUUGAUCACGACAGCGUCGUGGCGCACUUGGACAGGGUGCUUGCCGACAAUGCCACUUGGCUAGCAAUAAAGCAGAACGGGCGAGUCCAGCCCGAGUUCCAUGUCACGCUUGCCCAUAUGCAAGCCGUCCGCAACAACAAGGCCAAGUACCAGAGCACGUGGCAAGACUUGGGCAGACUCUUCUCGAAAAACGUGUACCGCAAAAGCGCCGCUCCAGGCACCCGGGUGCCGGUGCCCAUCUACACAGAUAUGCGCCUCGAGAAAAUCGUGGUGUUCGAGAAGACGUUGGUUGCGUUGAAAGUGGCUGUUCCCAGUCUCUACAGGAUGAAGGAAGACGGGGCAAAAGUGGGCCACGAGGCAGCGCCCAUCACCAACUCGUACCUCCAUAUCACCGUCGGCACCGUGGACCAGUCGAUUGCGCCCAAAAUGUCCAAUGUGCACCUUGCUGCUUUGUACGAAAAAGGAGAAGUGUGUGACGGGCACCACCAGCUCCUCAACAAUGCAGCGGACGUCUUCAGCUGGGACCACGACAUGGAAAAGCAACAGGGCUUCAUCUACUUCGACUGAUCGCCAUGGCAGCGGUCCUGCAGGUACGGGGCGCAUCGGGCACCGGCCGGUAGAGCGAUGGAAGAACAUGGCGGGGUGCCCUCGGGCCAUCGAAAACAGGCGCACAUGACCAAGAUUCUCUUUGUGCCCAUCUCCAUCGUGGGGUGUGGCAAGUCCACUGUUUUCCGGACGUUGCGGCUGUUGUACCCGGGGCUCGUGCACAUUGAAAACGACAGGUCCGAGUCCAAAGCGGCCUUCUACGGCGAGAUCGCCUCUGCCUUGAGCGACCCUUCCGUGGAUGCUGUCUUGCUAGACCGAAACAACCAUUUGCACAUGCACCGCAAGGACAUUGUGGAGAACUUCAAGGGGGAAAACGUCACACUCGUGGCUCUCCUCUUCGUACCCAAAGGCACCCUG